AUGACAGCGCAGGCCAACAAUUUCGACUUUUUCUGUCAGGUCAACAAUCUCCCUGUCAGGUCUGGUAGGAGGGAACUUCCGGCCCCUUUCGUUGAGGCACAUCAACGGGGAGUAAAUGAGGCGAAGCAGCUGCUCCAGACUUCUGGCGAAAUGCGGCCGACCUGGGCCGACGCCAACAUGAUACCGGAAACUAUUGAGCCGGAUAUAAGGAGACCCAGCCCGAUCGACCUGCAGACAACCAGCAUGUCGGAUUUAUGCAGAAUUCUCGAUGAAGUCGCAAACGAAGUGCUUGGCGACGACGACACGAUACCGGAAACUAUUGAGCCGGUUAUAAGGAGACCCAGCCCGGUCGACCUGCAGACAACCCGCAUGUCGGAUAUAUGGAGAAUUCUCGAUGAAGUCGCAGACGAAGCGUUUGGCGACGACGACGCGGAAUCAUCAUACAGUACUCGCAACUCUCUACAGCGCUUACAGUCGGGCUCCAGGUCGACAAUAUUCAGACCGGUCGAUGACAGCUGGCUGGACCUACGGCCCGAGGUGGACGACGGGCAAAAUCAGGAAUACAACCCCCCAUCCCGACACACCCCUACCGGCCGGCCGCAACCUUUGAGCCGCUCGAGCUCAUCAUCCGGUUCGACGGUCAAGCCGGCCAAGUAUAUGAAGGACGCCGGCGGGUCGGAAGAACCUGGGACAACGUCCGUAACCGCGGGACAGGAGGAGGAUGAGAUCCUCGUUGGAUCCAGCAUUAGGCCUCUAGCCACCUUCGUGAUACACAGGCCGUUGCCUUCUGAACAGAAGGCCCCAUCACCCUGGCAGCGUUUCGCCAGGUGGUGGCGGACCUCCUUGUGUUGCGGGCACGAUCCUGGGGAUCAGGAUGCUGAGGACAUAGAGCCGGGUGUGAUAAAGGUCUCGCAGACCACGAGAGUGGAGAUGGUGGACAUGUCGUCUGGCCCUCGACAGGAAGAGAUGACAAUGGAGGCUGCGCAGGACAAGAAGAAAUGGGUACCUGUGGAAGGUCAACCAUUCUGA